AUGUCCUCGCAGAUUCAUUUCAUGGCCGAAAUGGAGGAAGACAUUGACGAUCUCCUACAAGAAAUCGAGCAAGCGCGAGGGGAGGCUGAUGACUGGUGGCAAGAUUUUCCCGACGUGCUCACGAGCCCCUUGGACCCUCCGCCUCGCAUUGCUUCCGACGUGCUCGACGAGAUACCAAGAGCUGAUCUGACCUACACGCAACUGAGUACAACCCUCAUCCCUCACCAAAUAUAUCCAAAUGUGAAGCUUCUGGAGUUCCGUACCUUCUCCGGCGCCAUGGCAUACCAGCCGUGCUGCAAGGACAUCGACCUCAUGGGGUUCUUCAAACCUCUCAGGCCCAUUGAGCCAGGAGUCGACCGUCUAUUCAAAGUUGCCAGGGCAUGGUCUUGCAUUAUCCAAUCUCUUGAGGGUCUUCCUAAAGACCUGCGCUGGGUUCUUGCAACGGUUUACAAUUUCGCCAACGACAUGCUGUGUACCAAACUAAGCGAGGACACCAUGUAG